AGUCUUCAACCACAAACAUUACCGCAACAAACGCCCGUAGUGCAGCCACCAAAAAUAGUAGAAGUCCAAGCGCCGCCGGCCCCUGUGCAGGUCCAACCAAAACCAGCGCCGAUCCCCCAAAAAGAUCCCACUCCAGAAAUAAACGCUGCCCUAAAGGCCGAGCAGGAAUUGGCCAAUAAACAGAAAGCAGACCAGGAGUUCAAAAACAUGCUCAUCAGGGAGGCUAACGAGUUCCAGGCCGAGCUGUACGAGUUCGUUACGAAGACGAGGCAGGCGCAGAUUAAGUUUUACCGCGACCUCCACGCGAUAGACACGAACGCAGACCUCCAAAACUUAGACGCCGCAACGCUGAAGAAAGAAUGCUCCGUUGAGGAUCUGCGCAGCGCCAUUAUCGCACUGAAGUUAGACCUAGUCCGCUCAUGCGCGGUAGUUGCCGAGGCUAGGACACAAUCCGACGCUAAAGACCUGGAUCAAUGGACCCAAGCGGACCCGCUGACCACAAAACGGGUGGCUUCCGUAAAGAAACUAGCCUACUACGUGCAAAACCAGCUUGAACAAGCACACAGCUCGCUCAACUACAAGUGGAAUCAGCUCGCUGAGCGGGAAUUCAAGUCCAAUAAACUAGGCCCCCGCAUGAUCCGACCAAUCAUGGACGACGUAUACCAACCACUAGUGAAGCAACAGGAAAUACUCAGUCGGCAGGAAGCAGUGCUCAAAAUGCUCAGAAACACGCUCAACGAAUGCGACGGCCCGGUGUACAAGUCUACGCCUAUAUUGAGAAGCACGCCUUUUAAAAAAGAUCCACUCUCCAAACUGACCAAAAACAUUCUAAACAUGAGCUUGGAACCCCAGAAAUCGGAGAGCAUAAAUCUGCUCACCCCCCAAAAGCUGGACGCGUUGCGCGACCUGUUGUCCAACCACAAGACUGUCAAGAUUAAACCUGUCAAUGUGGAGAUGAGACAUCAUUUGACUACCAUGAGGAUGAGUUAUGAAAAGAGUUUGAGGGAAGAAAAGGCUAGGGAACGAGCCAUUAAAACUGAACCAGUCAAAGUGCAAGUGAAACAAGAAGUGAAGCCUGUAAUUAAGCAAGGGCCUAAACCAGUGAAAGUACCUCCGAAACCAGUGUUUGCGCCCAUAGCAGUCACACCUGUUCCAUCUACUAAUUAUACUUGGUUCACUGAAGAACCAAAAAAACAACCCCCGAGCCCUCAAACCCUACCUCAGGAGAUCAGCUUCACGAUAUCCAACACACCAACAGCGUCUCGUAACGUGCUUAAAAACCUGCUCGAAAACAAGCAGGUUACGGCCGAAGCGAAGACAGAUGAAAAUAUAAUGGACAGUUUCAUGGGACAGAAGAUUUGUACACCUUCUAAUUUUAACUUCUCAUCAGUUAUAGUCGCAACACCUACUGCAUCAUCUUUCACAACGAAACCCAUAUCAGCACUUAAUAACAUGUUAAACCAAUUCACACCACAGACUGAAAAUAAAAAUAUAGAAACUACUGAACCGGUGAAAGAAAAGCAGAUGUCCAAUCUUUUUACAAUGUCGAAAUCAAAUGUGCCAGAUGUAUUGGGCAAUUCUAAUAUGAUUACAAUCAAAAGAGUUGAACCUAAGGCUGAACCGAAAGAUAAAUCGAAAGAGAAUGUACCAGCGAAGACAGAGAAUGUUAUAUUGACGAUUCCUAAAGUGAAUAAAGAUGAUAAGAAGGAAAAUGAGCCGAAGCCAUUUAGUGUCCAAAAUACGAAUAAAUCUUUAUUUAGUUCUGUUGCUCAACCAGUUGCAGUGAAUCCUGCAUUUACGAGUAAAACAGGUGAUUUGCAAAAAUCAGACGAAGCUAAAGAAAAACUAGAAACAGAAACGCCUAAGGAAGCUCAAAAAUCUUCAGCAGCGCCUGUCUCUUCAGCAUCCAUAUUUGCUGCAGCCAAUGCUACUAUUACAAUACCUAAACCAAAGUCAAUGUUUGGAUCCCCUGCAACAACAUCAGCGCCUACCUCAUUUCAAUCAAUAUCUACUUCUAAACCCGAUUCUUCGAGUAUAUUUGCAGCAGCAAAUACGUCUACACCGAAAACCGCGUCAAGUUCCAUAUUUGCUGCUAAUUCAACACCUUCAAACGUCUUUGGCGCAAAGCCUUCUAUAUUUGGCACUGCAGUCACUGUUGCAAGUACUACUUCAGAAAGUGCAGUGAAAUCAACUGAAAGCACUUCAGUGGCAUCAACGGCAUCACCUACAAUUGGGACAGCGAAAUCAGAAUUCGGUUCCGCGUUUACUGCCCCUACUGCCUCUGUUACUCCAUCCACCAAAACAUCUGAAACCUCUACACCUAGUACCCCAAGUACACCUACAACUCAAGGCGUUGUUUCAACUGCGGACAGCUCAUCAGUUACAACUACAUCGUCAAUAUUCGGUUCAGUAACAUCAACCACACAACCUUCUGUAUUCGGCGGCUUACCAUCACCAACCUCUGUAUUCGGUUCUUCCACUCCAUCUUCUGUUUUCGGUAGUGGCGCUGCAAAGUCGGCUUUCGGAUCAACUUCCCCAGUUAGCACUACGACAACCAGUUCCACUACUAAAACAUCUACACCAAGCACUACAUCAGUAUUUGGAAGUACAACAACACCUACGUCUGUAUUUGAAACUCAAGCGUUUGGGAGCACAACAACAACAACAACAACAACAACAUCUGUAUUUGGAACCACUAAAGAUACUGUCACAACAACAGCAUCUCUAUUUGGAACUGCGACAACUAAAGCAACAGACACUGUAACAACGACAGCAUCUGUAUUUGGAAGUACUGCCGCAACUCCUGCUUCAGUAUUUGGAAGUACUACCACAACUCCAACCUCUGUAUUUGGGAGUACUGCCUCAACUCCUGCGUCUGUAUUUGGAAGUACUACCACAACUUCUUCAGUAUUUGGAAGUACUACCACUACAGCCUCAGCAUUUGGAAGUACAACUUCAUCUGUAUUUGGCACGACAACCACACCAUCCGUAUUCGCAACCGCAGCUAAAUCCGCAUUUGGCAGUCCUACCACCACGCAGAGUUCAGUUUUUGCCCCCACGUCAACUCCAUCCGUAUUCUCUGGAGCAAAUCAGAAUCAGUCUGUUUUCGGAACACCAGCCACUCAAGCGUCAGUAUUUGGUUCGCCAACGACACAAGCGUCCGUAUUCGGGAGCCCUGCGAGUUUUGGAAGCAUAGCAACAACUCAAUCUGUAUUCGGAACACCAACUACGCAAUCUUCUGUCUUUGGAAGUCCACAGACCACGCAAUCAUCCGUAUUCGGGAGUCCCGCUUUUGGUUCACAACCUGCCCAAUCAGUAUUUGGUAGUCCGACAUCAGUUUUCGGUGCUCAGACUCAAGCAUCUGUAUUUGGUACCCCAACGCAAUCCACCCAAGCCUCUGUAUUUGGUACUCCUACUCAAACUACUCAAGCCUCUGUAUUCGGAACUCCGACUCAGACCACUGAAGCGUCUGUUUUUGGUACACCAACUACACAGUCCUUCGGUCAGAGCGUGUUUGGAACCCCGGCUACUACGACACAAAGCUCAAUGUUUGGCGGAGAGUCGCUGUUUGCUUCGGUUAACAUUUCGACCACCGACGCUCCGAGCGGCGGCAGCAUUUUUGGAGGAUCGACCGGCUCCCCAGGAUUCGGCAGCAGCAACACCAACGUUUUCGGCGGAAAAACCACUUUCGGCCAACCCAACCCCGCUGCCGAAGCCAUUUUCGGCGGCGGUGGGAGUGGAGGGGGAUUCGGACAAACGCAACCAGCUAAUAAUUUCUGGGGGAGCAAUAAUAACAGCAGCGGUGGAUUUGGGUCUAGUGGUUUUGGUCAACAAGCCACAACGCAGUCAUCAUCCGUGUUCGGGACGGGCAGCUUUAGUGCCCCCUCGCCGCCGGGGCAAGCGUUCGGGUCGCCCACCUCUUCCACAGGAGGAUUCGGUAGUGGUUUUGGUUCCAAAGCUGUUUUCGGCCAACCAUCCGGUUUCGGCUCCCCGGCCAGCUCCGGGUUCGGGGCUCCGGCGGCAUUCGGCGCGCUCAACAAGAGCCCGGCCGGGUUCGGCGCCGCGCCCGCCUUCGGCGCCGCGCCGGCGUUCGGCGGGUCGGCCUUCGGCGGUAGCUCGCCCGGCGGGAGUGUGUUUGGAAACGCAGCACCCGCUCCAGGGUUCGGCUCGCCGACGCAAUCCAACGCCACGUUCGAGAGCCUAGCCACGCAGAACACGCUCACGUUUGGAAACUUGGCUCAGCAAAGUGCGCCCGCGCAGCCCGCGCCCAACUUCAAUACGUCACCAUCGUUCACGGGCUGGCGCGGCUGAUGACAGUUGCACAGAGGUCGAACUGUGCGCUUAAAACAACUCCUGUAACAACUCAGACAAAUGUGGACGUGAUUCUUUGUAUUUAUGGUUAA